AGGGGUCUGGAGAUCCUGUGACGGUGCUCUGGGCCGGAGAUCUAAACAAUCUAAACAUUAAACAGUACAGCUGCCUCAAAUCCCUGGGAAUUUCAGAAUGACUGACACUUCUGAAGCUGUUCCAAAUUUUGAAGAGAUGUUUGCCAGUAGAUUCACAGAAGAUGACAAAGAGUACCAGGAAUACCUGAAACGCCCUCCUGAGUCCCCUCCAAUUGUUGAGGAAUGGAAUAGCAGAGCUGGUGGGAACCAAAGAAAUAGAGGCAAUCGGUUGCAAGAUAACAGACAGUUUAGAGGUAGGGAUAGCAGACGGGGGUGGCCAAGUGACAAUCGAUCCAAUCAGUGGCAUGGACGAUCCUGGGGUAACAAUUACCCGCAGCACAGACAAGAACCUUACUACCCCCAUCAAUAUGGACAUUAUGGUUACAACCAACGGCCUCCCUAUGGCUACUACUGA